UUUAUGUCUAAAAAUGACUAGAGUGGUGAUAACUGGAGCAUCGGGACUACUGGGAAGAGCACUUGUCAAAGAUUUUAAAGAAAAUGGCUUCACCGUGUUUGGAUUAGCAAAGAGCCGUGUGUCACCAGGCCUGCUCGCAUUAGACCUGCUGGAUAGUGACGCACUGCGCUCCAAAGUGCGCGAGCUGAGGCCUGAUGUCAUCAUCCACUCGGCCGCGUACCGCCAGCCGGACCAGGUGGAGGGCGACGCCGAGGGAGCACGCCGGAUGAACGUGCACGUGCCUCAGGUCCUCGCGGAGUUGGCCGCGGAGCUAAAGGCACAGCUGCUGUACAUCAGCACUGACUACGUGUUCGACGGCGUCUCGCCGCCGCACAUGGCUGAUGAUCAGCCCAACCCGCUCAACCUGUAUGGCCAGACCAAGUACGAGGGAGAGCAGGCCACCCUCAAACACUGCCCAGGCUCGCUGGUGCUGCGCGUGCCGAUCCUGUACGGGCCGGUGGAGUACCUGGCGGAGUCGGCUGUCACGGUCCUGUUCGGCGCCCUGCUGAACCCGCCGGCCGGCGGCUACACGGUCUCCGACCUGGAGGUGCGCUACCCGGCCCACGUGCGCGACGUGGCCGCCAUGUGCCGCCAGCUGAUCGAGAAACAACGCCAGGACCGCGACGGGGUCUUCGGCAUCUUCCAAUGGAGCGGCCAGGAGCCAGUCACCAAGUACGCCCUGGUGCAGCAGAUGGCAGCACUGUUCGGGCUGCCGCUGGACCACGUGUCGGCAUGCCGCACGCCGCCAGCGUCCGGUACCCGCCGCCCUAUGGACAGCCGACUGGACACGAGCGGCCUGCGCCGGCUGGGCAUCGGCCAGCACGUGCCGCUGGCCCAGGGUCUGCACGAGAGCCUGCUGCCCUGGGCGGAGCGGCAGGCCGGCGACGCGUCCGCCGGCUCAUGCUGAGCGGAGGGGCGCCGGCGGUGUGCGGCGCGUCCGCCGCCCCGCCCAGGUCAGGACGGGGCUGCGACGUGAGCUGCCUGUGCCGGCUCACGGCUGGCACAGCCCGGCGGCCGGUGCGCCGCAGUGUCCCGCACGCCCGCGGCGACAGCUGGGCUGCAGCGCCCUCCGCCCUGACAUCCGCCUCUCUGGCUCCGGGGGUGACGCGUCGAGCUUUGCCUUACCCGUAACGUGCUACCACUGCCCGACCGGCUGCAGGCUGUCCCGGUGAUGUGGCGGUAACAGCACCAGUCGUCUGUCGAGUAGUCCCAUAGGACUGACCGCGCCGUCGGCUUGACUGAUCUGUCGGCGUUUGUGCGAUGCGGUAUACAGUGUGCAGACAUUUUUACCGCAGGUUGUUUUUACUGAGGUAUUGUAAUACUAACUUUGAUUAGGUCGACGCUGCUGCGCAUUGGGUCAUGUACGCUUAUUGUGCGCAUAGUUUUUCCACUGGCAAACAGGGUCUGCGCUCUGGCGUGGUAGUGUGUAGGAUCGCGCUGACGGCUUUCAUUUGGUGAACGUGAGUGAUGCCUUCAGGUGAUGACUCUCAGGUCUGACAGGGCUUGGUUUUACUGACGUACCGGGAAGCCGUGGUAUAUGGGUUUACAUUGAAACGUGUACGGGUGUCCAAUGGCUGGCUGUUAUGUAUUUGAACGCUCACGUGCUAGAUGAAAAAUAGCGUUACGGUUGUAUCGCGCAAUAAACCAAAGUA